AUGCUUCAAUCUCCGUUGGCAGUCCGCACUGAGGUCCCUGAACCACUUGAUCAGGAUCUUCGACAAACACUGUCAUGUCUCAUUCCAACAUUCUUGAAUGCCAUCAAUUACGUCUCACCACCCGAAGUCGAUAAGAAAGCAUUGAGGAUAGCUCUGCUCGAUAGAGCGCUCCAAAGCGGUGUUCAUCUCGAAAUACAGAUCCACAUUGGUCUCUUCACAUGGUUCGGAUUCAUCAUUGAUGACAUGAACGUCGAGCUGGGACUGGACUUGGAGCAAUUCCAGACACGGCUUCUUAUGGGAGAACGGCAACCCUCGGCACUUUUACAGGCUUUUGCCGACGUGCUCAAGUCAACGAAAAGGUAUUACGAUCCCGUUGUUGCCAACUUGAUCGUUCUCUCUGCUCUAGCCUUUGUCAACUCAAACGCCAUGGAGAUUCGUCCCCAGUACCAGACAAUCGUCUUGUCAAAAGAGACAGUCAGCUGGCCCUACUACUUUCGAGACAAAGAGGGCCUUCCAGAAGUGUACACCUACUUCUGCUUCUACAAGGAGAUGUGCCCAGAUAUUGCAUGCUUCCUGCCAGCUGCGCCCGAGAUGGGCAAGUUUAUCAACUUGACCAAUGACAUACUGUCGUUUUACAAAGAGGAAAAGGCAGGUGAAGUCAGGAACUACAUUCACAAACAAGCUUUAAGCUUAAACCAAAGUCCCUUGUCUAUACUAGAAUCCGUCAUUCUGGAAACUGUGGUUGCGUACAACCGCUCCCGGGCAAUUCUGAAGAACAGCCAUCCGUACGAGGGCAUAUGGCACGCCUACGCCAUGGGUUAUGUCGCUAUGCACUUGAACACCCGCCGCUACUACCUUUCCGAAAUAGUUCUGUAG